UAGGAGAGCUGACCGUCAGCCACAAGACUGCAUAGCCAUUUCUUGGUCCUCACAAGAAUCCUCCCCAAGAGCAUCAGUGACUCCAACUUCAGAGGAAGAUAUUGAGGUGAUGACUUGGGUCUGACACCAAAGCUCAAGUUUGGACCAUAGCUGACCCUCACCUUACCCUACGGAAUUUACUUUUGUUCUGCAAAGAGAAUGUGGUUUCUAGGGAGAAGGGGGUAUCAUCAUUCCAUAUGGAACUUCCAGGAAGGGUGGUAAGGGGACAGAGGAGAGACCCCCAGAAGAUGCUGCUUCUCCUGCUCAGCUGUCUCCUACCUGCUGCCAAUGGGAAGAGCUGUCUCCUCUGCUGGCCAGGACUGCCUGCAUUGAUAGACUAUGAUCUGCAGAUUCUUUGGGGCAUCCCAGGGCCACCCACAGAGCUCUCCCAAAGCCUCCACACCUUAUUCCUGAAGGAUCAUGUCUUCAUCGAACCCUGGUAUCUUGAUCAGAACCGUAUGGAAGAAGCAGCAGCCAAAUUAUUCAAUCACAUAGAUGAAGCCAUCAAGAAGUUCCGAGAUAAUAAACCAUCACUUUUGGAAGAGAUUCAUAUCCAGCAGAAGGUGUUUACUGAGAAACUGGAUGAGAUAUCUGAGGAGCUGAAGGAGAAGGGUGAGAGGUGGAGCUGGCCCCCACCCACCACCCAGUCCUUCACCUCCCCAGGACUGUGGAGAGCAGAGCCCAGUCACCUCCCCAGGACUGAGAAGAGCAGAGCCCAGUCUGCAGCCCCUCCUGCAUGCCUCCCCAGGAGCCCCCUCCCCUGCCCACAUACUGGGUGCCUAUCCACACCUCCUCCCAGCUCCCUUUCCUGCUCACACCCCAACCCUUCCUGGCUCUGUCUGCCUCCCCAGCACCUCAGUUUCUCUACCAUCUCACCCUCCCGGGCAGCCUGCAACAAGUCUUGUGACCUACGCUCCACACUGGAGGUCAUGAACUGUGCCAACUGCAAAACACACUUCCUCACCUGCAAAGACCCCACUCUUUGCGCAGGUCAGUGGCAGCAGGCCAUCCUGCCUCCAGCCUGCCCCCACUCCAUCCCAGAUCGCUGUUGUCUCUGUCUGGAUUGUCUUCCUCCUCUGCCCAGCCCCGAACUCUUCUUUCACUCCAUCCUCACCAGAGAUGAUAGCACCUGCUGGAAUUUCUUGAUGUCAUAUGUCCAGCUUCAGAGCCAUAGAGCCACCUGCUUCUAGGACAUCUCCCCCAGAGGUCCCUCAGGACCUCAAAGCCAGCAUGCCUGGAGACUUGUUCAAAAUCAUCCCCACUGCCCAAAUCUACUCUUCUCUCAGGGCCCCUCUCAACAAAUGACCCCAUUUAAGUCCUUAGCGUCCUAAAUUGGGAACCUCCCUCUCCCAUACUCGGUACAUGCAAUCAUCAAAUCUUAUUAAAUAAUUCUUAAAUGAGUUGCCAUAUUUUCAUUUCUAUAUCUACCAUGGUUCUUCAGGCAUCCUCACUUCUCACCUGGAUUAUGUCAGCAUCUCUCAACUGGCCUCCCUGCCCCUCUUGGCCACAUCUAAACAACCAAAGAACUCCUUCUCAAGGAGCAAAUCUACCUAUGACACUCCUUGUUUAUAGCCCAAUUGCCCCACAGAUAAAGUCCAUCUCCUUGGAGGGUCCUGUGCAAACAGCCCCUGCUUAUCUCCCACCAGCACUGACUCCCCAGUCACACUGAGCUGCUGACAUGCUGGACAUACAGAUAGCUUCGUGCUUCUGCCCUUGAACUUUCUGUUUCCUCUGCCUGGAACACAGUUCAGUCCUUAAUUGUGGGACUGAAACUGAAAUCCAACUUAUCUUUCAAAGUCCAACUAAAAGUCUUGUUUCCUAAGAAUGUUUCCCUGACCAGCUCCCACCCCCUGAGGCUCAUCAGCCCUCCUAGUGGCUACUUCUCCUCUGUUCUGUCCUGUUCUGCUUCCUCUGUCUCCCUCCUAGAGCACAGGGACUGUGUCUCACUCCUCUAUAGAAAUAUGCGGGGCACACUGUGGGUGCUCAGUAAGUGUAUGCAAACAAAUGACUGAGUAGGCAAAUGAAAGGAAGAAAGAAGAGGCUGAGUGGGCAAAUAAAAGGAGGAAA